AUGGAAAAUUAUCUACUUUUUAAAAAAAUUUUCAACAAUAAAUAUCUAUUUAGAAAGAUAUUUGAAUAUGUUCAGUAUAGAGAUAUUGAUCAAAAUGAAAUAAUGAAACACUAUAAAAGUAUUUUAAAUACAAAAAGUAUUCAUAAUUUAUCAUUGUCAGGUUUAUUAAAAAAAAAACAAUAUAAACUUUUUGAUUAUAUGUUUGAUUUUUUAGUUGAAAGAAUGGAAUCAAUUAAUAAUUUUGAAAAUGAAAUUAAUAAUAAUAAUAAUAAUAAUAAAAAUUACAAUUGGUUAUUUUAUUCAAAAACAAAUGAAGAAGAUUUUUUAGAAAUUUUUAGUUAUAAAGAUUUGGGUUUAGAAAGAUUUAAAAGAAUAUUUAAACUAUAUGGUACAGUAACAAUAAUUACGGGGUCACGUUUUCAUGAAUCAAUUAUUAAUAGUGGUAAUAUUGAAAUUAUAAAUUUUAUGUCAAUUCUAAAAAAUAAUAAAAAUAAUAAUAAUAAUAAUAAUUAUAAUAAAAGUUAUUUUAAAAAUUUUAUUAAAUUUUAUAUUACGGAAGAAAAGAAUAAUUUAUUUGAUUGCAAUAAUAAUUUAGAAAUUUUUGAUUUAAUUAUAAAUAAUUUAAAUGAAAAAUAUAAAAAAGAUAAAAAAGAUAAAAAAGAUAAAAAAGAUAAUGGAAUUUUCAAAAUAUCAGAUUGUAUGUUAAUUUUAGAUUAUUAUAUUAAGAAUAAAAGUUUUAAUUUAUAUGGUAGAAUUUUAAAUUUUUCAGAUCAAUAUGAUAGAAAGAAAUUAAUUGAAAAAAGUUUAACAAAUAAUGAUUAUGAACUUGCAAUUGAAAUUAUUAAUAGAUUUCCAAAUUUAAAAAAUGAAAAUCCAAAUUUAAAAUAUUAUUUAUUAGAUUAUAGUUUUAAAACUAAAAAAAAUAUAUUCACUGAUAAAUCAUUUAAAGUGUUUAAUGUAUUUUUUAAAGAAUAUAAUAUUUCAAAAUUAUUUAUAAAAUUAAAACAAACACCAUUUAUAACAGAUUUUACAACUGUGCCAAUAACAACAUUAAAUCUAUUACUUGUAUCAAAUAAUCUAAAAAAGAAGGAUGACGAUGACGAUGAAAAUGUAACCUAUAUUUAUCAAUUUAAAAUUUGGGAACAUUUAAAAGAUGAAAGAAUUGAUUUAAAUAAUUUAUAUAAUGAAUUUAGUGGUGAUAAUGUUACUUAUUCAAAUAGUAAUGGUUAUAGUGUUAAAGGGGUAUUGAGUAAUUAUUACCCUAAUUCAAUUGAAGAACUUGAAUUUUCAUUAAACUAUUCAACUUUAAAUUGUAAUAUUAGUCAAUCAAACAUUUUAUACAUUCAUCACAUUGCAUUUAAUGUCGCUGAUUUAGAGUUAAUUAAAUUAUAUACAUCAAAAUUUAAUAUUAAAAAUCAAACAUAUCCAAAAGAUUUUUACAAAUGUUUAUUUGGAACUACCUCUGAAAUUAGUUCAUAUUUUUCAAAGGAUGAAAAUUUAAAGAAUUUUGUUUUCUCUGACACAGACACACUGAAUUAUUUAAAUACUUAUUAUUCUUCUUCAAAUACAACAUGUUUUGGUGGUGGUGGUGGUGAUACCACUAGCAAAGACACCACCACAAUGUUACAAUCAAAUUAUACAAUACUUAAUGUUGUACAUUGUUUAGAAACAGUGGUUGAAAAAGGUUAUUUUGAAAUUUACAAAAAUUUAAUACCAAUUAUUGGUAAAGAAUUUAUUGAGCGUAAAAAACACGAUUAUGUACUUUACACAAUCAUUAAGACACUAAUUAAAUGUAUUAUUAAAUUAGAUAAAAUUAAUCAAUUGGAACUAAUUGAAAAUACAUUACAUUAUUUUGACUUUUCAAAACAUUUGAACUAUAUUUUAACUCAAAUUAGAUCAUUCAAUUUUAAACUAUCAAAAAAUGUUAUUUUUUUAUUAUAUUCUAAAGGUUUAAUUUCAUUAAAAAAAAUCUCGGAUAAUAUGUCUAAAUUUGAAAAUUAUAUUUACAAUGAUUAUCAUUUUUUUUAUUUAUAUUUCUUUGGCGAUAAUAUAAAUUUUACAAAGGUAGAUGAUUUUUCAACUUUAGUAAAUGGUAUUAAUUCAAAAAUGGUUAAUAAAAUAUUAAUUUAUUCAAAGAAUUAUAAAACCAUUGAAAUGUUAACUCAAUCUGAUUUAUUAAUAACUAAUGAAAUUUUAUCAAAAAGUUUAAAAGAAAGGGGUAGAUUAAUAUCAAUUUUAUUAGAUACUGAUAUUAGGAAAUUAAUAUUUAUUAUUAGAAAUUCUUCAUAUAAAGUAUUAAAAGAAUAUUGUUCAAUUAUAGUUAGAAAAGUAUUAAUUAAAAAAAAUAUAAAAAAGAAAUUAAUUUUAUUAAAUUUAUUUGAAUCAAUUUCAUCACAAAUUUUAAAAUCAACCACCACCUCAACCAUCAGCACUAUGACAUCAACAAAUCUUUUAAGUGAAUUUUAUUUAGAAUUAAUUUUUUAUACAAUUUUAUUCGCUCACUCAACUGAAAUUAAUAUUGAAAUCUGCAAAGAUUUAAAUUAUUAUAAUUUUUUAAAUAUUGAAAAAAAUCCAAUUGACGUUCACAUUUUUUCAAAUUAUUAUAAUAAUAAUUUUAAAACAAUUUCAAAGAAGCAAUUCUUAGAUAAUUUAAAUAACCUACCAGAUAUUUCAAUUAAUUUUUUAAAUUCAAUAGGUUUAGCAAAUUUAAAUAAAAUUUUAUUAAAUUAA